AUGGGUUUCGGAGGCUUCAAGUCUUUGCUGUCGAGAUCCCGUGUGCCAUCAUCCCCCGCCGGCCGUCGAAUUCCGAUCCGGCUGGGACAGAAGUCUACAUUACGCGACGAACGUCGUGGCAAGCCGUACGUCUCAAACAGCAUCAAGACCUCUAAAUACAACGUCUUCGACUUCCUCCCCCGCCAACUCCUCUACCAGUUUUCGCGACUCGCCAAUGCCUACAUGCUCAUCAUCUCCAUCUUGCAAAUGAUUCCUGGGUUCAGCACCACUGGCAAAUUUACGACACUUAUUCCUCUUGACUCAUCAUAUCGAAAGAAGGGUACUACGAUUGGAAGAGACAUCGCCAAGAUGUAG